AACUAACAUAAGUCAGGCAGACUCGCCUCCAUCAACACGGAGCGGAGCCGAUCUUAGACUCCAGCUAAAGAAACACAAGGCGUUCAGGCGGAAACACUUUAUCUCUACAAUCUUGGUAUUAGUUUUGCUCUCCGAAAACGUUUAGGGAGGUCAACAUCUCAAAAAAAAAAAAGAAGCUUGUUUUCUUCUCUUAUCUUGCUGCCGGAUUGUAAAUCAAGAGAACUUCUACUUCGUCACCUUCUUACUUCUGUUUUUUGGAUUUUCGCCGCCAGUGGAGAGGCUCAGCUCUAAAGGUCUUCAAUUCACCCGAACCGGCUCAUAUUUAUUUAUUUAUUUAUUCUGAAAGCUGGAAGAGGCACGGAUUUGUGAGGACUUGAGGAAAGUCUCCCGGAUCAAUAAUGCGCAGCAGCUGGGACUGUUUACUGUACCUGGGAGUGCUGGGAGUGCUGGGAGUGCUGGGAGUGGUGGCGUCUGGCCACAAAAUGCUGGACGACUGCUUGACAUCAGACCGUAAAUACAAAAUGAACGUCGUUCUUCUGGAGGACAACACCUACGAGUGGAGUCGGCCAUUUGUGCAGAGGGCCGUGGAGCACGCUAUUGAGAAGGACAGGCAGAAGAACGUCGACAAUGACCUGGACCUCGUUUUGACGGCUAACUACAACGGGUUCAACACCACCGUGUACAACAGACAGGGCUGCGGCAGCAGCACCUGCGAAGGAGUGGCAAUACUCAAGAGGCUGGAUCGCAACAAUGAAGUCGGCUGCAUCAUGCUGGGGCCUUCGUGUACUUUUGCCACCUUCCAGUUAGUGGACGAGGAGAUCGGCUUGACCCUGAGCAUUCCCAUCAUCUCUGCUGGCAGCUUCGGCCUCUCCUGCGACUACAAGCCCAAACUGUCGCGCACCUUGCCUCCGGCCCGAAAAAUCAUCGAUUUGUUCCUGAACUUCAAGACCGAGGUGCUGGGAUUUAAGCCCAAGUGGGAGAAAUUCUACGUGUACAAAAAGCAAGUGAACAACGCAACCGAAGACUGCUUCUGGUACAUCAAUGCGCUGGAGGCGCCGUCGGCGAGGUUCGCGUCGCAAACACGGAGGGUGAUGGUGCGGGAAAAGAAGGACCUGCGGAGCAUCAUGAAGACUUCAAAUCGCCACAGCAACAUUAUUAUUUUAUGUGGCGGCCCUGAAGAAAUUUCCUCAAUAAAGGACGAUGUGGACCAGAUUCACCCAGACACCUUGUUCAUUCUUCUUGAUCUUUAUAACCCUGAAUAUUACGUCAACGAAACGGCCCACGAGUGGAUGCAAGACGUCCUGGUCGUCACUCUGCCGCAGAGGAACUACAGCUACAACUCAAACUCGUCACAAAACGAGACGAUAAAUGACUACGUGGCCGGAUAUCAUGACGGAGCUCUGGUUUUCGGACAAGUGCUUAGAGAUCGGUUGAUGAGCAACAAGAACUCUGAAGACGUCGAUUUCAACCCGUUUGCAAACGUGACUAUCGAGGGUCUAGGAGGACCUGUUGUGCUUGAUGAGCACGGAGACAGAGACGUGAACUUCUCCUUCAUUUACACGUCAAUGAAAACCGGGAAGUAUGAAACUCUGCUAGUGUUUGAUUCGUCACAAAACAGAACCAUUGCAACGCACCCGAACCCGGCUCUGGGCUGGAAAGGCCAACUUCCUAAUGAUGAACCCGAAAAUCCAGAAGAUUUGGGCACACAGGACGUGAUCGUGAUCGUUUUGGGUGUCAGCGUUGUCGUAGUGACCGCCAUCGCUCUCAUCUUCUACAGGCAGAACAGGACGGAGCGUCUGAUGCAGAAGAAGUGGUCACACAUCAGUCCGCACCUGAUUGGUCCUCUGGAUGAGAAGGAAGUCUCUCUGAAGAUUGAUGACGAUAAGAGGAAGGACAGCACAUACUUCAGACAGCGAGGCUGCUACGACAAGAAGCCAGUGAUCCUGAAAGAGCUGAAGCAGGCAGAAGGAGAUUUCACCGAGGACCAGAAAAUUGAGCUCAACACUCUGCUCCGGAUCGAUUACUACAACCUGGCCAAGUUUUACGGCACAGUGAAGUUCGAGUACGGCGUCUUCGGGGUGUUUGAGCUCUGCCAGCGGGGAUCCCUCAGGUACAUCCUCAGCGACAGGAUAUCCUACCCAGAUGAGACCUUCAUGGACAUGGAGUUUAAAAUAUCUGUCAUGUACGACAUCGCGAAGGGCAUGUCGUACCUGCACUCGAGUAGCAUUCCGGUCCACGGACGCCUCAAGUCCACCAACUGCGUGGUCGACAACCGCAUGGUUGUCAAGAUCACAGACUUUGGCUGCCACACCAUCCUGAUGCCAGGCAGAGAUCUGUGGACGGCUCCAGAGCAUCUCCGUAAAGUCGACGUUUCGCAGAAAGGCGACGUCUACAGCUACGGCAUCAUAGCACACGAGAUCGUCCUGAGGCAAACCCCGUUCUACACCCGCUCCUGCUUCAACACCGCAGAGAAACUGCACAGAGUUCAGUAUCCCAGAGGAAACGGCUUCUUCAGACCGGACCUCUACUUUGAAGGAGUAUCAGACAGAGAAAUUGAGCUCUACAUGCUGAUAAGGAGCUGCUGGGAUGAAGACCCUGAGCGAAGGCCAGACUUCAAGAGGAUAGAGUUAACGCUGGGAAAGAUUUUCAGUAACUUGCACAACCAGGCCACUGAGACGUACAUGGACAACCUGAUCCGCCGCCUGCAGAUGUACUCCAGGACUCUGGAGUGUUUGGUGGAGGAGAGGACGGCUCUGUACAAAGCCGAGAGGGACAGAGCGGACCGCCUCAACUUCAUGCUGCUGCCGGGUCCCGUGGUGAUCUCGCUAAAGGAGACAGGAAGAGUGGAGCCCGAGCUGUUUGAGGAGGUCACCAUCUAUUUCAGCGACAUAGUGGGCUUCACCACCCUGUGCCACUACAGCACCCCCAUGGAGGUGGUGGACAUGCUGAACGAGAUCUACAAGAACUUUGACAGCAUCCUGGAUCACCAUGAUGUCUACAAGGUUGAGACGAUAGGAGAUGCCUAUAUGGUUGCGUCAGGGUUACCCAAGCGAAAUGGCGACAGACAUGCGGUGGACAUCGCCCACAUGGCCCUCGACCUCCUGUCGUUUGUUGGGACUUUUGAGUUGCAGCACCUGCCAGGGAUUCCUCUGUGGAUUCGCAUUGGAGUGCAUUCAGGUCCGUGUGCCGCCGGCGUGGUCGGAAACAAGAUGCCUCGCUACUGUCUCUUUGGAGACACGGUGAACACGGCGUCUCGCAUGGAGUCCACAGGCCUGCCUCUGAGGAUUCAUGCGAGCCAGUCCACAAUCAAUAUCCUGCGGAGGACAGACUGUCAGUUUGAGUUUGAAAAAAGAGGAGAGACGUACCUAAAGGGUAAAGGGAAGGAGAUGACCUACUGGCUAACAGGUGUAACAGGAAGAACCUACAACCUGCCCACACCACCGACAGCGGAGAACUUCCAGAGGCUCCAGCAGGACCUGGCAGACAUGAUCGUGUCCAGCCUGGAGAAGCACCGAGCCGGAAGGGAGGGCUUCGAAAAGAGGAAGACCUUGUCCACCAGAAUCCGCUGGAGAGACACCAACGGCAGCCUGAGGAAGGACGGCCCUCCGGAGUACUUCCACCUGGCUGUCACUGACAAUCCCAGCACGUUCCUGUGACGAAGCGCAGAGGAGAUUUACGGGAAAUACUUUGUUAAGCCCAGUGUUUGGGACUAAACACCUGUUGGGACCGUUCUGCUGAGUCAGUGUGACGGUGCAGAAGCAGCAGGUGGGUUAACGGUGACAUCAUCUCUGUGAUAUCUGGGCUCUCUGCCCAGGUCACAGUCCUCCAAGGUUGAGAGAACAGCAGGUUCUUGUAAGAUCUUCAAGCACAGGGAUAUAUUUCACUCCAUAGGAUGCAUCUGUCAAACUGAUUUGUACAAAAUUUUGCAGUCUUCAUUCUUUCUUCUGAGCCAAUACUUUGCACUCGAUUCAUAACAUAAUUAUUAUCAAGACUUUAACUUGAGCUGCGUGUAAUCUCAAACCAAAGUCACUGUUCUCCAAGAAAAAGAGACGAGACGAAAGACGAGGGGAAACUGUCUGUGUUCACUUUUACAGUGUUCUUACUUUUUGUUGUCUGCAGGAUUCAUCGCAAAGUAUGACAAAUUAUUUACCGUGUAAAUAAGCUUUAUUUGCUGCAAACGACAGUGGAUCUGCAUUCUCUUGCUAAUUUAGUAGCUACACUUGCAGAAGUCGAAGUUCCAGACAGACAUUUAAACUCAUCACCAGCACGAAUGCCCUCCAGUUUUUGCAAGCUUCUGGAAUAAUUCUGGUUAGAUAUUUGACCACCAGGUAACAUUUAAAAUAAUAGCUUUUUUUUUUUGGGCUCUGUCUCAGUUUUUAAGCAAAUUCCACAGAUUUUCAAUAGAAGUGAGGUCAAAGUCACUCCAGACGGUUCAUGCUGGUUUCCUUUGUCUGAUCCAAAACUAGCUUACUUUAACUCUAUCCAAAAAAUAAUGGUGAAAUAUUCAGCCAGAAUUGUGUUAGGAGUUUACUGAUUAUGGAGAGUAAGUAAAUAACUUAUGUCAUUAACUGUUUUGAAACACAAAAUAAAUACAAAUAUAUUUUUUUAAAUAUAGAGUUAACUACGUGCCUUAAUUAAAUGUAUUAAUUUCAUUUUAAAAAUAGAUAUAUUUAAUGUUUGUUUUUCCAAGUUUAUGACUGAGGUCAAUAUUUUCACCAUGUUGGACAAGUUCAACACACAUUUAAAUAAUUAUGGUAAAGUUAUUUAUCGUAAAUUGUCACUUUUUACUCUACAUAACUUAUCAAAGGACAUUUAUCCAAAUAUCAGCUUUUACGUACAUUAGAGCCUAUAUGUAUAGUUUUUGUCAGUGUGUGGUUUUAAGAAAUUUCACACACACACAAAAUAAACGGAUGCAUCUAUUUCUUUUUCAAAAUUACUGAAGAUGGAUCCGAAGCAUCUUUGGAGGCAUCAUUGAAUGCCCAACAUCAAAAUGGCAUCCAUGAGGAGGAUAUGUAAAUGUCUGACUGGAACUAAAUAAUGUUAUAAUAAAAAUACAUAGAACAACUAAACCACUCAUCUUCUGCAAUAUAGCAUAAAGUUAGAGGAAUUUUUCAAACAAAUUUCUCUUGAAUACUACAAAGAUGGCUACCGGCUGAGCUUUUAUUGUUGUAGCUGUCGCCAGGUUCAUCUUGUGAAACGCCAAGUGAACGCACGGCCAUUUUUUUCUCUCUUGGCACACCGAUACUACCUUGUUUUUAAAACAUCUGAAAUAUCUUUGUGAUGAUUUUUAUUUUCUGUUUUAUUAAAUAAAGAUUUUCAGUGUGGCA